AUGAAAACAUUAACAUUAACAUUAACAUUAAUGAAAACAUUAACAUUAACAUUAACAUUAAUGAUUAAUGAAAAAAGAUUAACAUUAAUAUUAAUGGGUGUCGCGUUAGCAUUAGCAUUAGCAUUAAUUAAUGCUAAUGCUAAUGCUUUUGCGUUAGCAUUAACAGUUAACGCUAAUGCUUUGGCAUUAAUGGCAUUAGCGUUAAUUAAUGCUUAG